UCUGUUUCAGGAGAACAGGAACGGACAUUUCCAAUCAAUCGCUUUGUUUGUAGCACCUUUCAUAUUUUUAGUUAAAAGUUCUUCUGGUUGGAUGAUUAUUAAAACCUUGACUUGUGUUUUAGGAGGGGAAGCUUUUUUGUGGCAAUUUUUUUGUUGAGUUUGGAACAGAAAACAAAGUUCCUUGUUUGCCAUGUAACGUUAUAUGCUAUAUGUAAGAAGUUCUGUUCAUGUCGUGUAUGUACACGACACAAUAACUAACUGACAUGCGGGUUAGUGGAAUUCAAAGUGAUUUACAUGUUAACAAUGAGACAGUAAAAACAGGUGGAGACUAAAAUGCACGAAAAAAGUAAUGAUAAAAGUGAAGAAAUGAAAACUAUAAAAUAGAUCAAUAAAAAGAUGAUAAUAAAGUUGAUGAAGGACAAUAAAAAGAACAAGAAAGAAAAAUCUAAAAUACCAACUAAUUUCCAUAAAGCAUUCUAAUCAAAAGCCAGCCAAAAGAGUUUUAAAUUUCAGUUUAAAGAUGUCAACACUUUGAGCCGCUCUCAGAUCCUCGUCAGGCAUUAACACUAAAAGACUCCAGAGGACCUGAGGGGGGAGUCCUGGUUCAAACAUGUCACACAAACUGCUGCUGCAAGACCAUGAAGUACGUGAUUUUUACAUUUUAAAAUCAAUACAAAAACUGACAGAUAACCAAUGCCGAUUGAAGUGGAAAGUGAUUUUCCAGUUGUUGAGUGCUGCGAGAGUCAGAGAGUCCUGAGCCAUGCGUCCUGUUGUGGGAACUGCCACCCUUCUUCUGCUGGUCCUGAUGUUCAUGUCGGCUUCUGCAACAUGGGAUCCUAAGCAGACGUGUGAAACAAAAUAUCCGGCCAUACCAUGUAGACACAAGAUCAAUAAUGAAAACUGGUUCCAGAUGGGUGACAACCGCUGUGUGAAGGCGAAAACCUGUAACAAGUACAGCCAUGGCAACUAUAAGGGUCAUCUGGUGUCAAUCCACAACAAUGUGGAGCUGCACCAAGCGGUGUGCACCAUGUAUAGAGAUCACCCUGGAAAAGAUCAUUACUGGAUCGGACUCCACAUGAAGAUUGAACACAUUUUUUAUGGUUAUGCAUAUGUUUGGACCGAUGGAACUGAUAAUUCAUUCACCAGCUGGGCUUAUCGCCAGCCAGACAGGUUUUUGAGCAGAGAAGAAUGCGUUGAGAUGAACUACUGGGACUGGACUCUGUGGAACGACGAGCGGUGUGGUCAGCAGAGGUCCUACAUGUGUGCAGUGUGGAUCGGUUAGUUCAGAGUGAACACGAAGAGCUGCUGCAGUUGGACCAGUCAGCUUCACUGUAACCACUGCAAACACAAGCUUUGACAUUUACUGCAAUAAAUGUUCAUCAUCAGCAAAAA